AUUGCAGAGAGCCAUAGUUUUGACGGCUUGUCCGUAUUGAUUUUUGAGGAAUUCAGGUCACUAAAUUCAAAAUUACUGGCUAUUUUCGAGGGAUCGGGCACCUGGAAAAUUCAACAUGGAUUCGAGCAUGUUCAUAAACCCACCUUUUGAUGAAAUGGACGCGGAGGAAAAAUCAAAAUAUAUUGGAGACGAAAUAAUGAACUUUUUUAGACCGUCGAGAGUUAACGGCCCCGAAGGAGCUCUUGUUGUUAUUGUUUUGACAAUUCUAGCAAACAUUUUUUUGUUCGUUGCUGUUUUAGCAACAGGAAAAAUUAAAAAAUCUUCAAGUCUACUGGAAUUAGCAAGAGGAUUAUCCGAAGUUUUACUGUUGGUAUCCAUUGCUGUGCAAAGUACGAGAAAUAUGUACAACACCACUGAGACUCCGAAGGCGGUAUCUGGGUUUGUUGCCUUCUGGUUAUUCUCUAUGGGUUCAGUUUGCUUCGGACUGAUGAAAGCGUUUACAGGAUUUCUGAGGUUUACCGGGAAAUCAUCAUUCUCAAAUCUUGUUUGGCUGAUCAUUUUGGCUGUUUUCGCCAUCUCUACUUUCCUAGCAUUUAUUGUUCUAUGUGUUAUGUACGUGGCUAAUGUUCUCGCUUUUGUUGUUUUGGCAUGCAUGUUUUACUAUCUACCAUUCAUUGGAAUGUGGGUACUGGACGGAUUGAGACUCCUUCAUCUUAGAAAUCAUUCCUUCAAAAACGUGAUGGAAAUGGAGACGUUAACAAGAGAUAAACUCGGGACAUCCGAGUUAAGUCGGUCGGAACAUGCGGAAGGAGAAGCGCAGUUUUUGAAGCCGAGGACAAACUUUGAAAUGUUCAUUGUCAUAUUGUAUGGAAUUUGUCAUACAGUAGCGUUUGCCAUGGUUACUAUGAUUAUCACACGAAUUGCCUGGGUGUUCUUUCGACCUGUUUCUACAGAAAUUCGUUUAGAGUCCGUGCCUGGCAUCCUCUAAAUAACAAAAUGUUUGUUGACUAUUUAUACCGAUAUCGAUGUUUACUGUUCAUGUACCUAUAUGUGCAUAUGAACAAACAAUAAUCUUCGAAACAAACGGAAUGAAGUUUUGAGCAUAAAUUGGUUGUAUUCUCGGAUAUGAGAUACAUAGGGAGUGCAGUUUUAAAGCUAAGGAUGAUUUUUGAGAAAUGACCGUUUCAAAUGGAUUUCGCCACACAAAUCCUCUUCUUAUUGUAUUAAAUCGGUUUUUGACAAUUUACAAUAAGAGGUCGAUCCUAUAAAUAUUUUUGUGCUUUCUAUUCAUGAAGAGCGUUCUGGUUCAGAAUGCAGUAUGUAUUUUGCAAAAUUGAUGAAUGGUCUAAAAUUUGAAUUUAGAAUAAAAUUUUUGAACACGA